AUGGCGCUGGACCUACAGCCGCCCGACGGUCGCAAACGGGUCAAGGUCUACGAGCUGAGGGAUAAUGACUGGUUCGACCGCGGCACCGGUUUCUGUACCGGCACAAUCAUGGGGGAGGAACCGCGAAUAUACGUCGAAUCGGAAGACCAACCACAACGCGUCUUGCUGGAGACCAAGAUCACCAAGGACGAUGGCUAUCAAAAACAGCAAGAGACCUUGAUUGUCUGGACGGAGCAGAAUGGCACGGAUAUGGCGCUGAGCUUCCAAGAGGCGGAAGGAUGCGCAGUGAUAUGGGACUUUGUCCAUACCGUUCAGCAGCACCUUCUCAGCAUAGCCGCGGCUGAUGAUGCCCUCUCCGACGACCUCGAAAGCUACCAAUCCAUCGUGUUGCCCGCACCGGAGCUCGGCAACCUCCCCGAAAUCGAGCAGAUCGUUCGAGCCGCCAGCAUGACGCAAAAUGGUCGCGACGCGCUAUCGAAGUUUCUCAUCCGCGAUGACUAUAUCAACAAACUGGUCCCCUUGGUGUCAAUGGCCGAGGAUUUGGAGAGUCUCACUGAUUUACAUCGCCUUUGCAACAUCAUGAAAUCCCUGAUCCUCUUGAACGACAACGCCAUCAUCGAGAUGGUGGUCUCUGACCAUAUAAUCUUGGGUGUGGUUGGGGCUCUGGAAUAUGAUCCCGAAUUUCCGACGCAUAAGGCGAACCACCGACAAUACCUGGCAGACCAGUCGCGCUAUAGGGAGGUCGUUCCCAUCAAGGACAACCAGAUUCGGAGAAAGAUUCGAAGUACAUGGCGCUUGCAAUACUUGAAGGACGUGGUCCUCGCGCGGAUCCUGGAUGACCCGACAUUCUCGGUCCUCAACUCCCUGAUUUUCUUCAACCAGAUGGAGAUUGUCAACCACAUCCAAUCGAACGCCGUCUUUCUUCGCGAGCUCUUUUCCGUGUUCGACCCGAGAAACACCGACGGCAAGCGCAAGGAUGACGCCGUGCAAUUCCUACACCAGUGUGCUGCAAUUGCAAAGAACUUGCAGACUCCGUCGCGGGCCCAGCUGUUCGGCAACUUUAUCAGCCACGGAUUGUUUGCGGUGAUCGCCUUCGCCGUGAAGCACCCCAACCCGGCCAUGCGCACCACGGGUAUCGAUAUUCUGGUGGCGUUGUUGGACCAUGACCCGGUGAUGAUGCGCGGAUACAUGCUCAAAGCCGUCAACGAGAAAAAGACCCCGCUCACCGAUACUCUGAUCGACCUGCUCCACGUAGAGACCGAUCUCGGAGUGAAAAACCAACUUGCUGAUGCCAUUAAGAUUCUCCUCGAUCCUCAGAUUCCCCUGCAGGAUCCCCUCGCACGGGCUGGUCCCGAUUACUUCAAAAUUCGCUCAUCCAAUCUCCUCUCCGAUGCAUUUGUCCAACAACAUUUCGAUGAAUCUUCGAAGCGGCUCUUCCAGCCGCUCAAACAACUUGCCAACCGCACCUCCCUUAAUGACUUGACGUUUCAAGAAGUCACGCUCUACUCGCAUCUUGUUGACAUCCUCACCUUUUUCGUCCGUCAACAUCUCUUCCGCACACGCAAUGCAAUCCACAGUGAGCAGCUUGCUCCUCGAGUGGCCCAACUCCUCACGGCCCCUCAGAAACAUCUGAAGCUGGUGGCCCUUAAAUUCUUCCGCACUCUGAUUAGCCUCCAAGAUACCUUCUAUCAAGCUCUAAUGACACAUAACAACACCUUUGGCUUGAUUAUUGAUAUCGUCCUCGAAACCAUGCCACGUGACAACCUUCUCAACUCCGCCUGCCUCGAGCUUUUUGAAUUCAUCAAACGGGAAAACAUCAAACCAUUCAUCGUUCACGCGGUUGAGAAGUACCGUGAGAAACUGGAGAGAAUUACCUACGUGGAUACCUUCCAGAAUCUCAUCAUCCGUUACGAUCAAAUGCAAGGCUAUGGUGCCGAGGCCGAUUCUACGCUAUUCAGCCAAGAUGAGGGUGAUACGCCGCGGAGAAUUCCGAUGAACGGCCAGCGCUGGCAGGGCGUGAAGGAAAUGGACGCAGCGGAAGAGGAGUAUUUCGCUGGGUCCGACGACGAAGACGAGUGGCAGCAAGAAAACCGUGCCGCUCUCGCCGUUGGUACCGCGAAUGGAGUUGCCUCUCCAUUGGUCAAGCCACUAGUUGACUAUCCGGACGACGACGACGAGGACGCGAUGGACACCAAACCCGAAGACCCAGAACAACCUGUAGAGGGUCAGCCAUUGACCAUGGUAGACGUGCAGGUCGAAGAUUCCCCUGAAGCGGCCGCCACCCCCGCCUCGCCUACCCAGAAUGCCCCCGUGCCCGAACGCCUCGCCGAAAAACGUCGCCGCGAGGAAGAGGACGAGGAUGAGUUGGUUAAACUUGCCACAGGACCCAAGCGCCGGAGUUCUACGAGUAGUAACUCUAGUGCUGGUUCAUUCAACCGGAAGAAGACCAUGUCUAUCGGCUCGCUCGGGUCUGCUGAGAAGGGCGGUUUAGGCGCAAACGCACCGCCGAAGAGAAUCGCCAUCAAUCUGGGUGCAGCGGUCAAGUCGUCUGUAUCAGACGACCCUUCUUGCGAAGACGCAUCCAGCGGAAACAACGAGAAGGAGAAUCAAAGCGACGACAGCCAAGGCGAAGGCUAA